UCAGCAUCCUACUGUCCCCUUUUUUCUCCCGAUGACAUCUGGUAGCUCCGAGCAGAGCAACACACCCCGUGAUUAGUUUGUUGUCUGAUGCAAAUAUGUCAUGUCCGAAUAACAUAGCGCCCGGUAACUUCCUGAUGGAUUCGCUGAUGGGAGGAUCAUCUUCCUUUAGGAGUGAGGGUUAUCCCAGCAACCCUGGAAUGUACAUCCACUCAGCUGCAGAGUACGGAUAUUCAGUGAUGAGAAACUCUGGAAAGGUUGGACCAUCUUCACUUUCCAAAGCAGACGAGGUUGCUCCAAGCGGGGUGUCGCUCGGCGGCUUCCAGGAUGCGCCCUACCUGUCGUCGUGGACCCCGGUCUCCAAAUCCAGCAGGGACGAGCAACCUGUUGCCCAGUGUUUACAGCCCUGCUCGAUUCCACCGGGGAGCGUCAAAGAAGAGGCGUUUUGUUGCCUCUAUCAGGAUGACAGCAAUAAGGGGAAGCAGACAACAGAGCACACCACUUACAUCCGGCUUGGAGACAAUGGCAGCCGGCCUGGACAAACUGUCGCCUCUUCAAGCCGCUGUUUCCAGGUGUACGAGAGGCCGCAGCGGGAGGAGCCGCAGUUCCCCCCCGGUUUCUCUCUGACCCACUUGGCGCCUUCUGCGGAAUCGAGAGCAGAAUCCACAAUAAGCUGCAGCACAUCUGCGCAAGAGACGGCGCGUUCAAACACAGAGGAGAGGCAGAGCAGGAAGGAAGAGAAGGCCAAGAGCAGUAGCUGCUCAGAUAACUCGGACGCAGAAUUAAAAGAUGACUCAUCCGCGGAAAAGACAACGGAAAGCUGGUUAAAAGCCAAAAGUGGAAGGAAGAAGCGCUGCCCCUACACAAAGCAUCAGACGCUGGAGCUGGAGAAGGAGUUCUUGUUCAACAUGUAUCUGUCUCGGGAGCGCCGCCUGGAGAUCAGCCGGAGUAUCAACCUGACCGACAGACAGGUCAAGAUCUGGUUCCAAAACAGACGCAUGAAGCUGAAGAAGCUGAACAGGGAGACCCGCGAAAGGGAGCAGGGCGCAGUUUAUAACUACUCCUGAAUUUAACAAGCGAAAUGACACUAUUACGCACACGCGCGCGCACAGCCUCACUCACAUGCACGGAUUUUAAGGGACAUGCAUGCGACAACACACACAUGCACACUUACACACACACGCGCGUGCACACCUACUACUGUGCCUUCCUAAAUGAAGAAAAGUUUGCAGAGCGGCGCUAUCAUUGUGAUAAUUCCACCUAUAAAAGUGAAACAAAGGCAAACAGGUCACAGUCUCAUCCUGUAAAUAACUGUUGGCAUGUGUGCAGCUUCACUUUGUUGGGCUCUCAUGAAUGUCUUGUCACUUGUGUGCUACUUCCUCGUCGGUGUUUGUGGUGUCCUCGUGCAGUGUAAGGUGCAUGCACAAGAUGACAUUAAGAAAAUGGCAAAUCAUGCCCAAAACAAUAAAAAUGAGGAGAAAAAAAAGAAUAGGAGCUGCUGCUAACUUUGUCCUUCCCCUGGUAUAGUGGUGAAAAUGAGAGGGAGGGAGAGACACUGCGGAUGGGAGAAGAAUAUCGCGGCGGUUUUAAUAGAAGUGGGAGACCAUAACGUUGAUUUAAAUAUUAUCCAGGUGACCACAGUAAGUCAAGGUCAUAAAAUUCUAAUGUCAGGUUCGCCCUGGAAAGCGUUGGGGGUGGAUUUUAUGAUCUGCAAAUAUAAUGUGCUGCAGCAGUAAAGAUGCGUUUAAAGGUGUGUGUGGAGGAGGGCUAAUCCACACAGCAGACUUUCAGGACCAAGCCGAGGCGCUGGGGCUGGAGGGAGUAUCCGCCUCGCCUCUCUGCCCGGGGAUAAUGGAGCUUUGUGGCAGCGGGGAGAUAAGAAAGAUGGUGGAUAAGAGGACACAAACUGCUGGAGAUGCAGGAGCACUGUUCGCCGCAACAGCACGUGGAUAACCCAGGAAGGCGUCCGCGCGGAGGCAAGCGCAGCCCCAGGCAGACGGAACGGGAGGCAAACCUACAGUCGCUACCAAACUCUCGAACUGGAGAAGGAGUUUCUCUUCAACCCUUACCUGACCCGCAAGAGAAGGAUCGAGGUGUCCCACGCCCUCAGUCUCACCGAGCGGCAAGUCAAGAUCUGGUUUCAGAACAGAAGGAUGAAGUGGAAAAAAGAGAACAACAAAGACAAGUUUCCGGGUCAGAGAGGAGAGGCUGAGGCAGAAGCCGAGGAAGAGGGCAACGAGGACGGUGAAGGGGAAGAAGCGGAGGAGAAAGAAGCGGAAGAGAAAGAGGAGAGCAAGGAGUGAUUUUAUUGUCCUUUUUAUGGUUAUAUGGCUGAAAAGAGAAAAAGAAGGCUCCCAUAAACAGAGCAAGAGUCACAAGGAGGCAGUGAGCGUCAACUUUAUGACCACCCUUCC